CUACGUCUACUACGGCGAGGUCGUCGUCUUCGACACCACGUUCCGGACGAACAGGUGCGGCGCGGCGUUCGUCCCGUUCCUCGGGAUGAGCCGCCACCGCCGCCCCGCCGUGUUCGGCUGCGGCGUCGUCGCGGACGGCUCCGUCGACUCGUGCGUCUGGCUGCUGCGCGCGUUCAAGGAGUCGAUCCAGGGGGAUGUGCCCAAGUCCGUCAUCACCGACGGCGGCGACGCGGUGGUCGCCGCCGUCAAGGCCGUGUUCCCGGAGUCCAACCACCGCGUGUGAGCGUGGCACGUGGAGCGGUGGGCCGGGGAGCACCUCGUCGAUGGCCCGGCGCGGGACGACUUCUUGUCGCUGGCGCGCGACGCGUGCUCGCCCGCGGCGUUCGACGAGCGGUGGAGCGUGUUCAUGGCGGAGCACCGGACAGCCGAGAACGAGGGCUGGCUGGAGACGAUGCACGCGACGAGGGAGCUCUGGGCCGCCGCGUUCACCCGCCACAAGCUCUUCCUCGGCAUGGCGAGCGACCAGCGGACGGAGUAACUCGCCACGGGCCUCCACACGGGCCUCGCCGACGACAUGUCGCUGCACGACCUGGUGCGCCACGCCGACUACUGGACCUGGCGCCUGCGCGCCGACGACGCGGCCUCCAUGUCCCGGCUGCCGCUGACCACCAAUCACCAGUUCCUCGAGGCGCACGCCGCGCGGCGCUUCACCCCGGCCAACUUCCACCUCGUCCGCGAGGAGAUCGAGAAGAUGGACGGCUUCGUCGUCGUCGACACGCUGCCCACCAUGUCCAGCCCCGACGUAAAGAUCUACCUGCUCGCGCCCAAGCAGGAAGCCGCCGCCGGCGAACCCUUCGUGGUGCAAUGGUGCGACCGCGGCGGCGCGCUCGGCACCGACGACAUGGACGACGGGAAGAUGGCCGUGACGUGCAGCUGCCGGAAGAUGGAGAGCGAUCGCCUCCCGUGCCGCCACAUCCUCCGCGUGAUCACCCACCGCGGCGUGUCGCGGAUGGCGGACUGCUUCAUGCCGCGGCGGCACCGGCGGAAUCUCGAAGCAAAGCUGGAGAGGGUGGAGGAGAUGAAGGAGCUGUCGAGCAAGGUGUUCGACCUGGCGUCGGAUGACGCGGGGGAGUUCGAGGAUGUCAUGGGGUUCAUGGAGCGAUUCCUGGAAGAGCGGCGGCUCGACGCCGCGUGGGAGCCGAAGCGCAGAGGCCAUGUCGGCGUCGACACCGACGACGACGAGGGCGACUCGCCGUCGACCAAGAAGAUCAAGUUGUCCGACGAGUGAGCAUUUGAAAGAUUAUCAAACAACCCGUUUCACUGUCAAACUCUAUCUACCGAGUGUGGUUUUAUUUAUUUAUUUACUACUUCGAAAAAAAUGUUCGUGUGUUGCAAUUGGUGAAGGCUAUUUUAAUCUUAUUAUUCACUGUGGGAAUUCACUUCGUUA